AAAAAUGAUGCAUUAUAGAUCCUUAUUCAGGUUUUCACAUUAUCCAGUUCUUCAAUCCUUAUGUGAUCGAGCUGACCCUAAUCUACAAGCUAAUUUUGAAUUGAUGAAACAAAGCAAUGAUAGAUUUUUGAGUAUUACUAACAAAGUGAUCAAUUAUGGUGGUACAGUUGCUCAUCGAAAAUUGGCAGAAAGAAAUAAAGUAGAAAUGAAAAAAUGAUUAAUAGUUUCCAGUUAGAGAAAGAAUAACUAGAUUAUUGGAUGUAGGAUCUCCAUUUUUGGAAUUAUCUUAAUUGGCAGGAUAUGAAUUAUAUGGAAAGGAAGAAGUACCAAGUGGAGGUUAGAAUAAUAUAUAAUGAUAGGGAUUGUAACUGGAAUAGGAUUAAUAAAUAAGAGAUUCUGUAUGAUAGUUGCAAAUGAUCCAACAAUCAAAGGGGGAACAUAUUAUCCAAUAACAGUGAAAAAACAUGUUAGAGCAUAAGAAAUAGCAUGGGAGAAUAAAUUACCUUGUGUUUAUUUAGUAGAUUCUGGAGGUGCAAAGUAAUUAUAUAUGUAAAUAAUCAAGUUUAAUGCUUUAAGAUGAAGUAUUUCCAGAUAGAGAUCAUUUUGGAAGAAUAUUUUAUAAUUAAGCUAAUAUGUCAGCAUAAGGGAUUCCUUAAAUUAGUAUAGUACUUGGAUCAUGUACAGCUGGAGGAGCAUAGUAAUAAUAUAGUUAUAUAUGAUUUUUUAAGUGUUCCUGCUAUGAGUGAUGAGAAUGUUAUUGUAAGUGGAAAUGGUACAAUCUUUUUAGGAGGUCCUCCUUUAGUAAAAGCAGCCACAGGUGAAAAAGUAACAGCAGAAGAUUUAGGAGGAGCAAGAGUUCAUUGUUUUACUAGUGGAUUGACAGAUCAUUUCUGUAGUUCAGAAUUAGAAGCUUUAUAAAAAGGUAGAUCUAUAAUUAAGAAUUUAAAUACAAAAUAAGUAGGUAAUAUUAUUGAUGAUUAACCUAUUUAUGAUAUUGAAGAUUUAAAUUAUAUGAUGAGUAGUGAUCUCAAACAGUCUAUGGAUAGUAGACAUUUAAUUGCAAGAAUUCUAGAUGGAUCUAGAUUUAUGGAAUUUAAAGAAUAUUAUGGUACUACUCUUAUUACAGGAUUUGGAGAAUUAUAUGGAUAAGAAGUAGGUAUCAUAGCUAAUAAUGGAAUUCUUUUUAGUGAAUCAGCAUUAAAAGGUGCUCAUUUUGUUAGUUUAUGUUAAUAAAGAGGAGUUCCAUUAAUUUUCUUAUAAAAUAUUACAGGAUUUAUGGUUGGUCGUAAAUAUGAGACAGAAGGUAUAGCUAAACAUGGAGCUA